AUGGCUCCCGAGGACGAGACAUUGUUAGCUGCUGCUGCUCUACUACAGAGCUUAGCAAAAGAUACGCCGCUACCCCCCUCGUUCCCCUUCAACGGCCACAAAUACAAUCAACCUCCAAAGAAUGGCUGUGACAUCGCCAAAAUCAAGCUCCCUGGGUUGGAAAGUGAUGGAAAGGCCGCCCUCGAACGUGAGAUAGCCGCUCUAAUCGGAAGGGUCAACACCUUACAGUUCUUUGUGCCGCCUUCUCGGCAUACCCGUGCCUCAAAUCUUAAGAAUAUUAAUAACGAGCCCGAUAAUGACCAAGACACCGACUCGAAAACUAUUUGUGAAGAUGACACUAGCGAAGAUGAUGACGAAGAUGAUGACAUUGUCCAAGUUAAGAACCCUUAUGAAGACGACAUAACUUACCUACGAAACCGUGUUCAAUUACAAGCCGACGAGAUCAACCUGCAGAAGGAAAUAAUCUCUCGUGUACGGGAUGAGCUACGGUUACAGGAAGAGCGUACCAAGAACGCACUGGUCAAGGUAGAAACAGAAGAUGUUGGUCUUCUCGAGCGUGAACUUCGGAAACAUCAACAGGCAAAUGAGGCUUUCCAGAAGGCCCUCAGGGAAAUCGGAGGCAUCAUCACUCAGGUCGCCAACGGUGACCUCUCUAUGAAAGUACAGAUACACCCACUGGAGAUGGACCCUGAAAUUACCACUUUCAAACGCACCAUCAACACUAUGAUGGACCAACUCCAAGUAUUUGGAAGUGAAGUGUCUAGGGUGGCAAGAGAGGUCGGAACCGAAGGUAUUCUUGGUGGCCAAGCCCAGAUCACCGGUGUUAAUGGCAUCUGGAAGGAGUUGACUGAAAACGUCAACAUCAUGGCUAGCAAUCUCACUGAUCAGGUCCGAGAGAUCGCUACUGUCACCACUGCCGUUGCCCAUGGUGACUUGAGCCAAAAGAUUGAACGUCGCGCUAAGGGAGAGAUUCUUGAGCUUCAACAGACCAUCAACACUAUGGUGGACCAACUUCGAACUUUUGCAACUGAAGUUACUCGUGUCGCUCGUGAUGUCGGAACUGAAGGUGUUCUGGGUGGCCAAGCCCAGAUUGAGGGUGUAAAGGGCAUGUGGAACGAGUUGACAGUCAAUGUCAACGCUAUGGCUGAGAACCUUACUACCCAGGUCCGAGACAUCGCCAUGGUCACUACUGCAGUUGCUAAAGGUGAUCUCACCCAAAAGGUGCAAGCCAACUGCAAGGGUGAAAUCCUUGCACUGAAGACCAUUAUAAACUCCAUGGUUGACCAACUUAAGCAAUUUGCACAAGAAGUCACCAAGAUUGCCAAGGAGGUCGGCACAGACGGUAUGCUUGGUGGUCAGGCCACUGUCCAUGAUGUCGAGGGGACUUGGAAGGAUCUAACGGAGAAUGUGAACGGCAUGGCUAUGAAUCUUACAACUCAGGUCAGAGAAAUUGCCGAUGUCACUACUGCCGUCGCAAAGGGUGAUCUCACCAAAAAGGUUACCGCUGAAGUCAAGGGAGAAAUUUUGGAUUUGAAGAACACUAUCAAUAGCAUGGUGGACCGUUUGAAUACAUUCGCCUUUGAGGUCAGCAAGGUCGCUCGAGAGGUCGGAACUGAUGGUACUCUUGGUGGACAGGCGAAAGUGGACAAUGUCGAAGGAAAGUGGAAAGACCUAACCGACAAUGUCAAUACCAUGGCUCAAAAUCUCACUGUCCAAGUGCGAGCCAUAUCCAAUGUCACCCAGGCUAUCGCUAAAGGAAACAUGAACAAGAAGAUCGAUGUUCAUGCACAAGGUGAAAUACUCACUUUGAAAGACACCAUCAACAACAUGGUUGACCGACUCGCCAAUUUUGCCCAUGAGCUGAAGAGAGUUGCCCGCGACGUCGGUGUUGAUGGAAAGAUGGGCGGGCAGGCUAAUGUUGAAGGCAUUUCUGGAAGAUGGAAAGAAAUCACAGAGGACGUGAACACCAUGGCAGACAAUCUUACUUCUCAAGUGCGUGCCUUUGGAGAAAUUACUGAUGCCGCCACGGACGGUGAUUUCACGAAACUUAUCACUGUCGAAGCGUCUGGUGAGAUGGACGAACUGAAAAAGAAGAUCAAUAAGAUGAUAUCAAACCUCAGAGACAGUAUUCAGAGAAACACUGCUGCUCGAGAAGCCGCCGAGUUGGCUAACCGCACCAAAUCCGAAUUCUUAGCCAACAUGAGUCACGAAAUUCGUACGCCAAUGAAUGGUAUCAUUGGUAUGACCCAGCUUACCCUCGAUACUGAUGACCUUAAGCCUUAUCCGCGUGAAAUGUUGAAUGUUGUACACAGUUUGGCCAACAGUCUGUUGACCAUUAUUGACGACAUACUCGAUAUCUCCAAGAUUGAGGCUAACCGGAUGGUCAUUGAGAGUAUCCCCUUCACAAUGAGGGGUACAGUUUUCAACGCCUUGAAAACUCUUGCUGUGAAAGCCAAUGAGAAGUUCCUCAACUUGACAUACCAGGUUGAUAGUUCCGUGCCUGACUAUGUUAUUGGAGACCCCUUCCGCCUUCGUCAAAUCAUCUUGAAUUUAGUUGGAAAUGCGAUUAAGUUCACUGAACAUGGUGAGGUCACGCUUGAGAUCAAAAAGCAUGAACCUCCACCACCUGCAGAGGGCGAACCAGAACGUGAGGUCUGCGCGGACGAUGAAUACGCCUACGAGUUCUCCGUCCAGGAUACUGGCAUUGGUAUCGCCAAAGACAAGCUAGACAUGAUUUUCGAUACCUUCCAGCAAGCUGAUGGUUCUACCACUCGCAAGUUUGGUGGUACCGGCUUGGGAUUGUCUAUUUCCAAACGUUUGGUUAACCUGAUGGGUGGUGAUGUCUGGGUCACCUCGGAAUACGGUCGCGGCAGUACCUUCCACUUCACCUGCGUUGUCAAGAAGGCAGAUCAAUCUCUGGAUGUUAUUGCCUCCUCUCUUGUGCCGUACAAGGGGCAUUCUGUUCUAUUCAUCGACAAAGGGUUCACCGGAGACUAUGCCAACAACAUCAUUGGCAUGCUCAGGGCUCUUGACCUGGUUCCAAUCGUUGUCCACAAUGAAAACAAUGUGCCUCCGCCAGAAAUCAAAGAUGAAGAAGGCAAAGAGGCAGGGCAUGCAUAUGAUGUUAUCAUUGUCGAUAUGAUUGAGACCGCCCGAACCCUCCGAACCUUUGAUGAGUUCAAAUAUAUUCCCAUUGUGCUCCUGUGCCCAGUUGUCUCUGUUAGCUUGAAGUCUGCUCUCGAUCUUGGAAUCACAUCUUACAUGACAACCCCAUGCCAACCCAUUGAUCUUGGCAACGGCAUGCUCCCUGCUCUUGAGGGUCGUUCUACCCCCCUCACCUCGGAUGACUCUCGAUCUUUUGAUAUCCUUUUGGCUGAAGAUAAUGAUGUUAACCAGAAGGUUGCGGUUAAAAUAUUAGAGAAAUGCAAUCAUGGGGUCACUGUUGUUGGUAACGGUCUCCAGGCUCUUGAGACUAUCAAGAAGCGCCGAUUUGACGUUAUUCUUAUGGAUGUCCAGAUGCCAAUCAUGGGUGGUUUCGAAGCAACCGGUGAGAUCCGUGCAUACGAGAAGCGUAAUAACCUAACACGAACACCUAUUAUUGCCUUGACUGCGCACGCUAUGUUAGGAGACCGUGAGAAAUGUAUCCAGGCACAAAUGGACGAAUACCUCUCGAAACCGCUUAAGCAAACUCAGAUGAUGCAGACGAUCCUGAAAUGCACUACUUUAGGAGGCCCACUCCUUGAGAAGAGCAACAAUGACUCGAGACUUGGCAUUAACACACAAAUGCAUGGCAGGAAUCGCAUGCAUUCUUCUGAUUAUCGGGACCGACGCCCACGCCCAUCACGUCACCUAGACCCACGAGCAUACGGAGGGGCUGAAGGACCAACAAGUUCAACUCCCGAGGCCAAGAAGGCUACGACUAGUGAAGAUGAACCCAGGGUAAUUGAGGUCCCGGAUAAACAGUAA